ACACGGGCCCACUGUUUCAUUCAGAUCAAUUUUUAUUUUAUUUUUGGGGAUCUCUUAAUCGACAACUCUCAUACAUCUUCUGAAAGUAAAAUUAAAACGAAUUUAACUACCACAAACACAAGUCCUCGAUUUUCAGCAUCAAUCUCACCACUCACCGGCGGCUGUGGCGGUGGCUAUUAUCCGGUCCUGCGACACUACUUACUGUCAUCUCAGAGUUUGGGAAAGAUGUCAGGCCAAGGCCAACGCUUGAAUGUAGUUCCCACAGUGACGAUGCUUGCAGUAGUAAAAGCUCGCCUUAUUGGUGCUACAAGAGGUCAUGCUCUUCUCAAGAAGAAGAGUGAUGCUUUAACUGUGCAGUUCCGUCAAAUUCUUAAAAAGAUUGUCUCUACUAAAGAAUCCAUGGGAGAGAUCAUGAAGGCCUCCUCGUUUGCUCUAACUGAAGCAAAGUAUGUUGCUGGUGAGAAUGUUAAGCAUGUUGUCCUUGAGAAUGUCCAGAAUGCAUCCCUUAAAGUUCGAUCUCGGCAAGAAAAUGUUGCUGGUGUGAAGUUGCCUAAGUUCGAGUAUUUCACUGAAAGUGAUACCAAGAAUGACCUUACUGGAUUAGCCAGAGGUGGCCAACAAGUUCAGGCCUGUCGUGCUGCUUAUGUAAAAUCUAUUGAGGUUCUAGUUGAGCUUGCUUCACUUCAGACAUCAUUCUUAACACUUGAUGAGGCAAUUAAGACAACAAAUCGUCGGGUUAAUGCUCUGGAGAAUGUUGUGAAGCCUAGACUGGAGAACACAAUUAGUUACAUUAAAGGGGAGCUGGAUGAGCUUGAAAGGGAGGAUUUCUUCAGGCUAAAGAAGAUACAAGGUUACAAGAAGAGGGAAAUUGAGAGACAGCUUGCAGCUGCCAAGCAGUUUGCUGAGGAACAGUUUGCUGAGAAAAUUUCUUUGCAGAAAGGAAUUUCCCUAAAAUCAGCUCACAAUAUGUUGUCUGCUGCAAUGGAGAAGGAUGAGGACAUUAUUUUCUGAUGCAGAUGCUGGUUUGUUUCUCAAAUGUGUGGUUUUUAGCUGUUAUGCUUUUCUUUGUGGGGGUGGAUAAUUUCUUAGCCAAACAGGACGGAUAAUCCGUAUUUACGAAUAUUUAUCAGGAAUAAGUCAUCCAUAUGCCUAUUUAUUGUGUAUUAUUUAUAUACUCUCUAAGCUUAAUGGUGCAGAAUAUUUUUUUUCCAAA